UCAUUCCUCACAUUCUAUUCCAAAAUCUCAACUUCAUACAACGACAACGUUUUGUAACGUAUCAACAAACAUGCUCUCCUCAGUUUCCUUUCCUGCGUCUCUCUCAGCCACUAGCCUCACCGGCAACGCCGUGGCUUCACCGCCGUGCCGAGUGAGAUCCCGGCCAAUAGUCGCCUUCGCCACUGCCACUGCCACUGCCACCGCAACCGCCGAUGCUCGUUCUACCUGGACGGAGCAACCGAGGCCUUCGUAUCUGAACUCCUCGUGCUCUUCGCUCUACGAUAUUCUAGGCAUCCCCGCCGGCGCCUCCAACCAGGAGAUCAAGGCGGCGUAUCGGCGUCUAGCCAGGCUCUGCCACCCGGACGUGGCGGCGAUCGACCGGAAGAACACAUCAGCUGACGAUUUCAUGAAGAUCCACGCCGCGUACUCUACCCUGUCGGAUCCAGACAAGCGCGCCAAUUACGACCGCAGCCUCUUCCGGCGACAACGGCCGUUGUCGACGGCAUCGAUGUUUUCCGGCUAUACGAGUCGGAACUGGGAAACGGACCAGUGCUGGUAGUGAGUCGACUCGUCAGCGUGGAAGCCCCUUGGCUUAAUUAGAGUGUCUAGAAACGAGAGAAGGCGCAGUUAUUGAAGCGUUCUUGCCUUGCCUAUAAUUAAUCAAUUACUAAUUAGUUAGUUAUCGGAGUUUGUAUUAUACUACGUAUAUGUACAUAUACACGUACGUAGAUAUAGAAACAGCUUGAUCUUGAAUUCUUGAUGGUUCUUCAUUACUAAUUACAAAUUAGGAUUCUGCUGAGCUUUCCACUACAAUACAGUAGAAGACUGCCAUUUGCGUGGUAUUGUUUCCUUAUAAUGUAACCUUUCUUCCAUGAUUCCAUCAAAUUUCAUGGACCAACAAAAAGAAGAAGAAAAAU